CGCGCUGCCCGUGACCGAGGACGGCGAAAUCCAGCGGCCGGUGCGUUUGGCGUAAGUUGCUGUGCGCGUGACCGCGAGGGCUUUGGAUGGACGGAUGAAUGGAAAGUUGGUAUCUGAGCAGGCAGCUCCCUCUCCAGCCACUGCGAUCAGGUCUCUCAUACCUGCCAGCUGACUCCCCGAUCUUUCGGUGACCCUCCUUGACCAUAAUCGUUGACCAGCAGUAAUGGGGCGGAAGCUGGACCUGUCUGGACUGACCGACGGCGAGGCGGAGCAUGUGCUCAGAGUGGUGCAGAGAGACAUGAAACUCCGCAAGAAGGAGGAGGAUCGACUGAGUGAUCUGAAGCAGGAGUUGGAGGAGGAGGGCAGUCGGUGUUUGCUGCUGGUGAAGCAGCACAGGUUUAACGAGCAGUGCUGCAUCCGCUGCUGUCAGCCCUUCAGCUUCCUGCUCAACCCGCGCCGCGCCUGCCUCGACUGCACCUACAACGUCUGCAAAGCCUGCUGCAGCUACAGCCAGCAGGAGAGAGGAUACGUCUGCUCCGCCUGUCACAAGACCAGGUUCCUGAGAACGCAGUCGUUGGAGUGGUACUACAACAACGUAAAGAGCCGCUUUAAGAGAUUCGGCAGUGCUAAAGUCCUCAAAACCCUCUACAGGAAACACAUCAUCGAGAGAGGAGCGCUGUCUGAGUUACCAGAGGUCAGUGCUCCUGAGGGCAGUAAUGAUAAUGAUGGCAGUGUGUGUGGCAGUGACUCUCCGUUCUACAAGCACAGUGAAGGUCACAGUAUGGCAGAGACCCUCACUGUUGCUCUGCGUGUUGCUGAGGAGGCCAUAGAGGAAGCCAUCACUAAAGCUGAAAGCUACAGAGACAGCCUGGAGAAACAGAACGAGGCUCGGUAUCUGCGGGAUCAUAAAGAGGAGCUCAUAGAGGAACUCGCCACCACUAUCGUGCAAAAAAUCAUUAAGCGGGGGAAACGCCCUGAGAUGCAGGCGGAGUAUGACUUUGUUUGGUCUCAGGCUCAGAACAGUGACCUUCCAUCUCCAACUUCAGCAUUGAAUGCACACACCUCAGCACAGCACACACACACCUCUCCCCAGCUCACUCCUCCUGCCCCGGCCAGCCUCAAGAGCUCCUACACGCUGUGGAGGUCCCGGUCAGCGUUUUCUCUGACAAGUGACGAGUCUCCUGAUAAAGCUCCUGAAGCAGACGCAGACGAGCCCCCUGCUGGCUGUGAAGCUGCAGAGCCAGAGCCCGACAUCCAGCUUUACUCCUCCCUGAGAAGAGAGAGCCGCGCCUCAUCCGUCCCGGGCUGGAAGAGCGUGGACCGUCUGGACAACUCCAGUGCUUCCUCUGUGCUGCAGUCUCCGGACGGGAACUGGAUUGCCCUGCAGAGCUCCCAGCACUUGCGGCCCAGCCUGCUGACCAAGCGGAAGAGCCUGGUGUUCAGCGUGCUGGAGAAGGAGUCGGGCGUGGUCUCGGCGUACGACGAGAUGGGCUCGGACUCGGACGCCGAGGACCAGAGCGGCUGGGGGGUCGCGCUGCUGCAGUUCCGCAGGCGCCUCUCGGACGAGUCGUACUACACGGACUCCCAGCACGACCCGGAGUGGACGUACGCCCGCCACCACCCAGCCAUCACUUCGCCCUCCUCGGGCCAGUACACCAACACGGAAACCCUCAACUCGGAUUCAGAAGCGUCUACAGCGCCCCCUACCCGACCGCGCAGGCCCAUGCACAACAUCCACCAGAGGAAAAAAGGGCCUACCGAGCGCCACCUGCCGUACACGCCCUAUGCGCCCUAUAGACGCCCACCUGACCUCACAGCCCCGCCUCCGCUGAGGUCCGACACCCUGGAUGUUAACUUUAACCCCCGGGUGGGUGGGGACAGCAGCGAGGGGGAGGAGCGAAGCAGCGAGCAGAUCAGAAGGUCUCGGCGGCGGAGGCGGAGCAAGCGCGAGUUGGCCGAGCAGAGCCACAGAGCGCAUAACGCUUUAUACAGCAGCGCCACAGCGGAGAACAGCGCUGUCCUGCUCAACGUUAUGAUGAUGCGGCGACAACUUAGCCAGGAAGCUCAGCCCCCUCUUCUCCACUACCAGACUCCAGACACUGUGACUCCGCCUGACCUUCUGACCCCUGGUGCGAUGACACCAGAACCAGAGUACCAAGACACGGUGGCCCCCAACUCCAUGGCUCCCAGCCCACCCAUGCAUAACCCACUAGGGGCCAGCAAACUAGGGCCCACCACUCAGGGCCUCAAGCUUAGGGCCUCGUCUAUAAACGACACCAUGGAUCAGGAACUGAGGUCUAAACUCUCCGAGCUGGUCGGCCAGAUCAGCAGGGAGGAUGUGACGUCGUCCGAAGACGAGCCCCUCAGGAAAGUAGGCGAUAGAGAGCGGGAGAAAGAAAGCGAGAGGCUGAGGCAGAGAGAGAGGCCGAAUGACGGACCCAAGGAGAGAAUAGAGAGGAGCAAGAGCGAAAGACAGGUGGAGAGGCAAAUUAGCCGAGAACGGGACAGAAGUGACUCGGUGAGGCCGAGACGCAUAGAGAGAGAGCAGGAAAGAGAGAGGGAGAGACAGAGAGAGGUAGAAAGGCAAGUGGAACGAGAGAGGGAGAGACGGGUCGAGCAAGAAAGACAGCUGGACACGGAAAAGCAGAGAGACAUGGAACGUCGAGCUGAAAAAGAAAAGGAGAGACGGAGAGAAGUAGAAAGGCAAAGAAGAGAGCAAGCAAGACGGCUGGAGAUGGAGGGAGAUAUUGAAGAAAUAGAAAUGGCGAGGCCGGCUGAGAGAGAGCUAGCGCAAGUAAACGGGCCCUGCACCGAAGCAGGCCUUCUAGAGAUACACGAGGUGACCGGCGUAACGGAGAGCGCCCUGGACGGAGGGGUGGAGAAAGGGAAAAGUGUAGAAGAAGGAAACGACGCAACGGAAGACAGUCUCAGCGAGGAGACGACGAAGAGAAAGUCGGUGCAGAGGAGCAAAUCAGAGACCGUGUCUGGAAAAAGAGCGGAGCUCGUGGAGACGAGGAAGAUGAACUCUGUCUGCAUUUCGCCGGACAGCUCCGCCUGUGAGGAGGAGCAAACAUCUCCAACAGAGCAGGCUGUUAGUGAUCAUGCUGUUCAGCAGAGGCUUCAGUUGCUCUCAUCUCUCUUACAGCAGAAGUAUUCGGCUGCUUCCUUAUGCAGCAUCACCACAGAGGUCCUGAAGGUUCUGAAUGCCACAGAGGAAUUAAUCGGGGAGGCCGAGGGCAAAGCUCACGACCCCGUCGAGUCCCCGGCCAGCACACCGCUCUCCUCAGGACCGGACAGCAAGAAACUGGACCAGCAUCUCACCAAGAUGGAGGAGAACGUGUACCUGGCUGCAGGAGCUGUGUAUGGCCUGGAGGGGGCGCUGGGUGACCUGGAAGACUGCGCUCGCAGCAUCAGCAGCUCCACCACUGAGACAGAACUGGCCUUCCUUGAGGACCAGGUGGCCAACGCCGCCGCUCAGGUGCAGCAGUCCGAGCUACAGGUCUCCGAUAUUGAGGCGAGGAUAUCAGCGCUUAAAAACGCCGGCCUGAAUGUGUCUGCAUGCUCACGAUUUUCCAAGUACAAACCCAAAUCUAAGCCUCAGACCCUGGACUCCUCACGCCAGCAGAGGCGAAAGCUGCCCGCUCCUCCUCCCAGAGAAAAAGAGAGCAAACCAGAGCCGCAGGUGAGAGCCUUGCGGCCGUGACGACGACACCGUUGACCUCCUUCUUGGUCUGUGAACAUCAAGCUCCACUGUCCACUCCCUGUGACUGAAAGGACCGCCAGGCUCUUCCACAUCAGUGCCUUGAUCCCACGUCCGGUCCUCCAUCAUCCCAGACAUCGACCAUCACCUCCUCUGGGCUUCUGAAUUGAACCAAACUCUGGAGCUUUGCAACACUUCUGAGCUCCAGUGCUCUGGAGACCUGCUCCUCUCUCUGCCUUAAAGGAGCCCACGCUCCUCUACGAACCAUCACAGAGGGUACCUUUACUGAAAGUCAGUCUAAUUCUAGAGUUGUACAUGUAUGAUCUCUGUAUAUGUAUCUUUGUUGGACACGGAAUAAUGAUGACAGUCUGGGAAUUUUGUUGGACACAGAAAAACAAUGACAGUCCCUCGUUUUUCCUGACUGUUUUCUAGAGUGUUCUAGUGUUUGAGUUCUGUAUGUUGAUAGUGUUACACAAAAACUACUUGUGUAUGACCUGUGUUCCCAAAAUAGGCUGAGUUAUAUUUGGUAAGAGUGUCAUAUGUGUGAAAUGUCAUGGUGAAACUAAAGAAAACAUAUACCCACCACAGGACCUGUUUGAAGCAGAUUUCUAUUUCUAUUUUAUUUAUGUUCAAAAAAUACAUAACUAAUUUAUGUCCUCUUUACAGUACUGGGCAAAAGUUGGAUGCCACCCUUUUAUUUAUUUAAUAUUUAAUUUACAGUGAAAAAUGGCCAUUCAGACAGUUAUUUAAUUAUAUACACGCCCAUUUUCUAGACCGCUUAUCCCUCUGGGUCGCGGGUGUUACUAUAUGCAGCUGUUGUAAGAAAAACUCUAUCUCCAAUUUUUAAAAUAUUUUUCAGUUUUUGACCAUCUGAAAAUGCCUGAUGCUUAUUUUUUUUACAUUGUUUGUAAAUUUCAUGAUGAAUGGGCCAAAAGAAACGGCCCCAAAUUGCUUGU